CGUCCGCUUCUUCGACAUCUUCGGGCUAUGUCGGCGUUGGAGGUCAGGGUGGUCGAGGAAGAGGUGUUCCAAGAGCUGGCAGUAGUAUUGGCAGUGGCAUAGGCAGGGGCUCCGUACGAGGAUCAACAAGAGGUCGCGCCCUGAAAUGAUCUGAAGGGACACAUCUCCAAGCUCCGAAAAGCCGGGCAGCAGCGAGCAAAUUUUCGUUGGUAUAGGUCACGAGCAACCAUGAAAUCAGCCACCAUGAGCAAGAUUCAGAAAAGUCGUUCAUGGGUAUGAUUUCCUGGUACAAGUACCUGCUCUCCUCCAGUUCCUCUCUUCUUCUCUUUUUCUUGCACACAAGCGCUGUUCGAAUACAACUUGUCAAAACAUCGAAUCUCGAACUCCUGCACUUGGCUUCAAGCAUCCCAGCAUCUCAAAGCUCCCGAGUACACGAACGCCGUCCCAACAUAACUCAUCGAAUCUCGAACCGCGCCCAUCAAAUCUUCGCGCAAUCACAUUCUCACAGCUUCCGAGCCAAUCACCCACCACAACUCAAAGAACUCGCCAUCAUGUCCUCUUACGACACCGAAACCGUCUACACCUCUCCCGAAUACCGCCACGCCUACACCCUACUCCAGCGCUACGAAUACUGGCUCUCCUACCAAACCGGUCCCGAUUCCAUCCUCAUCUGCGAACAAGACCUCCUAGACAUGGCCUUGACCACUCUCUCAAACAUCAUGCUCGCCUGCCAACUAACAUGCACCCAACGCACUCGCGCCACACAACGGGCCAAAUACGUGGAAUUGGCCAUCUGGUGCCACCGCUUCGAACGUCACAUUCUCACCAGAAGAGCAAGAACAUUUAUAGCUUUCGCCGCGGAUACUGGUGUAAACGUUGCUGAAAUCGAGGAAGCUUGGAAUAUGGACAUGGAAGAUACGGAGGCGUUGGUCAAAAGACUUUCUAUGCGGAGAAAUGCGGCGGAGGAAUAUGUUAGGAGGAAUCAAGAGCAGCGUUGGAGAAGAGGUUUGUGUUCUCAACGUCCUAGAUACGUUGAUUUGCAACCGAGGAGGGAAGUGCUUAUUGAAGAAGCUAUUGCUGCUUUGAGUGUCGAGGAGACGGUGGUGAUUGAGGAAUCUUUUGAGAUUUUGUCGGAUCCGAUAUCGACAUCGACAACGCCAAUUGACUCAUCCUCUUCGACAUCAACAUCGCCAACAUCGACUGCAUACGAUGUCGAUGCUCCAAAGCCCGCUUCAUCAUAAGGACCUGUUACUCUUUUCCCCUCCACGAGGUUUUUAACGAGAACAGGGAUGAAGACCUGGUUACAAACACUUCACUACUACAUCGCGCAUAUUGAUACAUUACAUUACACUGCAUCAUUGCAAAUAACCAACUUUUUUUUGUUCCACCACAGCUUCCCAUCAAACCGACCAAAGUAGCCAUUAAAGGGCACGAUGAUUUUACGUUCUCACUGUGUGAUAUACGAUU